AUGGGUCUUCUCGCCGAAAAGCAGAGCCGGUCACGAAUCAGCAGAGAUCCCAACAACACAAAAUGGACUCGCGACACCAAAACUUUCGGUCAAAAGAUCCUACGUUCCCAGGGAUGGGAGCCCGGUCAAUUCCUCGGAGCGCAAGACGCCGCUCACUCCGAAUUGCACACUGCCGCCAAUGCAUCCUAUAUCCGGGUGGCCCUCAAGGACGACAUGAAGGGCUUGGGGUACAAUAAGGCCAAGGAGGAUGAAGUGACGGGCCUUGACGUCUUUUCGGACCUGCUGAGUCGGCUGAAUGGCAAGUCAGAGGAGUCAGUCGAGGGCGAUAGGCAAGCACGGCUAGUGGUCAAGACGAACCGAUACGUCGAGGCGAAAUGGGGACCUAUGCGGUUCAUUCGCGGAGGGCUGCUCGUUGGCGAUGAGAUGCAGGCAGAAACGGAGUCGGACGAAUCUACGCCUGCGUCUGACGCUGAAGAAGAGAAGCCUAAAAAGUCGAAAAAGGACAAGAAGAGCAAGAAGCGAAAGGCGGAGGAGUUGGAAGCGGCCGAGUCAGAAUCGUCGAGCGUAGAUACGGAGAAGAAGGAGAAGAGGCGGAGAAAAGAGGAGCGAAGGGCGAAGAAGUUGGCGGCCGCUAUGGAAACGGAGAACAAUACACCCGAUGAAGAGGAGCGAUUGAAGAAGAAGUCUAAAAAGGAAAAGUCCAGGUCAAAGACGAGCUCCGAGGGUGACGACGAGUCGGUGGAAGUGAAAAAGUCGAAAAAGGAUAAAAAGGAGAAGAAGGAGAAGAAGGACAAGAAGAAGCGCAACAAGGACGAGGCAGAGACUGCGGAUUCAGAUUCGGCCACGGCCACGGCGCCUGCAUCUGUUGCAACGUCUGCUCCAGCUACAGGCACUUCGACGCCUACGGGCACCGGGACUUCCACACCAAGAGGGAGUCGCAACUUUGUUCGAUCACGGUUUAUUGCACAGAAGAAGCAGGCGGUGCUGGACACCAAGGCUUUGGCUCAGAUUUUCAUGGUCAAGACAUGA